GGGGGGGGCGUUGUUUGGUGGGUGAUUCAUUCAACCCACCUUCUUGGGUCAUAGGAAGAACUCAAGCAGUUGGGCGGGUCCCUUUCAGAUCCCAAUUUGGGUUGUUUUUGACAAAACAGUUUUCAGACGGGAACGUCGGCUCGAAAGCUUUCUUUGAAAAGCGAACCCAAGUUGCAAAGCUUCCCACGCAGGUUGUCCGAUGCCGGCCGACGGUCCCCGGUGACGUCCCCAUGGAGCCCCUUCCGAUUACCCGGGACGCCGUCCCCUCGUCCGGCCGCUACCUCCGCCCCACCUCCACCGCGUCCCUGUUCAACAGCAGCCAGAACUACACCGGGGAGGAAGGUGAAGAAGAGCCGUCGGAGUCCGGGGGACCCCUCGGUGGCCCGGUGGGGGUCUUGAUCCCGCUCAUCUAUGCGGCGGUGUGCGCCGUAGGCCUGGCGGGCAACACCCUGGUGAUCCACGUGGUGGUCAACCACAGCCGAGGACCGUCGGCCACCAACAUCUACAUCCUCAACCUGGCCGUGGCCGACGAGCUCUUCAUGCUGGGCCUCCCGUUCCUGGCGGCCCAAAACGCGCUCCUCUCCUGGCCCUUCGGCUCGCUCCUCUGCCGGGUGGUGAUGACGGUGGACGCCAUCAACCAGUUCACCAGCAUCUUCUGCCUGGCCGUCAUGUCGGUGGACCGCUACCUGGCCGUGGCGCAGCCGGCGCGGGCCGGGCGCUGGCGGCGCCCCCCGGUGGCCAAGGCUGUGAGCGCAGCCCUGUGGCUGGGUUCCUUCGUGGUGGUGCUUCCGGUGGUGGCGUUCGCCGACGUGAGGCGAGGCGACGGGGACUGCGGCAUCGUGUGGCCGGAGCCGGCCGACCUGUGGAAGACGGUCUUCAUCGUGUACACCUUCGCGGUGGGAUUCUGCGGCCCCUUGAUGAUCAUCUGCAUGUGCUACCUGCUCAUCGUCAUCAAGGUCCGCAGCGUCGGCAAACGCGCCCGAGCCACAUCAUCGCGCCGUCGUCGUUCCGAGCGCAAGGUGACCCGCAUGGUGGUGGUGGUGGUGGCCGUGUUCGUCCUGUGCUGGCUCCCCUUCUACGCCCUCAACAUCGUCAACCUCCUGGUGGUUCUGCCCGGCGACCUGCGCGGCCUCUACUUCUUCGUGGUGGCGCUUUCCUACGCCAACAGCUGCGCCAACCCCAUCCUCUACGCCUUCCUGUCCGACAACUUCAAGCGGGGGUUCCGCAGGGCUCUGUGCCGGGCCUCGCGCCGGGUGAGCAGCCAGGAGAGGGCUGACUCCGACGAACGGCGCGCCACCGAGGAGUGGGGCGGCAUGGCCGUGCGCGGCCCUGGUAGCCGCGGGGAAGCGAGCCUGCCAAACGAGAGAGAAGGUGCGGAAGGUUCUGGUAGAGAGAGGACUCCGCAGGAGGAGGAGGAGCAAGAAGGAGCACGAGAGGAGGGAGAGCCAAAGUCUCAAGAUGGAAAGUCAGCGCUGGAAAUCAGCUGCUUGUGACUGGCGUGUCCUGAGCAUGUUUUCAACGUGAUCUUCACAUGUCAAACCUCCUCUAUGACGUGUUAUUUUUGUACCCUUCACAACAUUGGAAACUCUGCCGUCGAGCCCAAAAUCCAGGCUACUUUCAAAGCCGUACUCUCAAAAGCCCAAAGCUGUUGUUUUUCCCCCAAAUUGUAGCCUUUGCCAUUUGAAACCUGCGUUGUGCAUCAUCGCAAUUUGAACCGCAUCCAUUUUCCCGUCCUCAAAUUCAAAUUUGUCAUUGGAAUUCUGAUUUGAAACCCUAAUUUGAAGCCUUCUCUGUUGAAAACCAAACCCUGUCUUAAAACCCGAUUUCAAUACCCCAUUCCUAUCUUGAAACCAGACUUUGAAAGUGUCGCCCUGUCUUUAAAUCCUACUUUGCCACCAUUUUUGACGCAAAAAAAUCCCGCUAACUUUCAACACAACGAACUGCACAUUGGUGCUCAAGUGCUCAAGCCGAGCGGGUCGUAAUGUGGCUC